AUGCAAGGCAUGUUGAGUAAUCUUCUGAAUAGGGAAUGUUUUUUAACUUUUCAUAUUCCUAAUGAAGUUAUUUUCUAGUGCUCAAUGAGGGAAUUACAUUCCUUUUUAACACGAAAAUUCUAUUUCAAGCUUUAGAAUUUCUUUGUUCAUUUCUUCAUAUUCGCCCUAAAAAAAUUCAGGUCAUAGACUUUACACUGUACUGUGUCAAAGUAUUAGAGGUGACCAAAUGGUGUAAUCAAAGACCCUCUUCAAUCCCUCACACAUUUGGCUCCAAAUCAGAGCGUACUUUCUAAUUUAACCUUUUAAAUGUAGGGCCCAUUGGUAUCCCCACUCACUUCAACUAAUGAUUUCCAUCUUAGGGUGAAAACUUCACAUAAGAAUUUUCAUCAAACAAAAAUUAUCUAGUACCAGAUUAUGUGCAUUAUCCAAGGAGAAGAAAUAAUUGGAGCAUAGGUCAUAUCGGAAAAGGGACCAAACAUCAAAGGUGUGGAUCCCGAAAUAAGCACCAACCUUUAAAAAAGAUAGGAUGAAUAAUCAAGCAGAUAAACAGCAGUGAAAUCGUACAGAAACGUCUAUCACACCCAUCCAUGAGUUCUUGCUCCAUGAGUGCUUGGACUAGCCAUCAAACACUCAAAGAUUUUAACUAUAUAAAAUGAGACUCCAGCCCCAGUUGACAUCUUAUACAAACAGAUGUGGUAAAAAGUCAAAUCUGGGACUGACCCAUCCCAAGCAACAAUCAUUUAUUCUUUUGUUCUGAUCAAUUUUUGUCUCCUCAAUUCCAGCAAACCCAUAAUAUUCCUCUAAUAAGUUUUAGGUGAUCCCAACAGCUUAAGGUCUACACGUCUUAUUUUUCUAGCUGUAGACGCAUUAUAGCGUCCAAAAUAUCUAUCCAUUGUUGCUUCCCAAGACAUCUAUCUGGACCUUCCAAUGUGAGAGGUCAACGUCUAUAGUUUCCUCAUGAUUUCUAUUUUUUUGAGGAUUAUCUUGCUGUGAAGGAUGGAAUCUAGGAUUUUCAUUGGAUUUUUGUCUCUCUAAUCUUUGA